AUGUCUCGUCGCUACGAUUCCCGAACAACCAUCUUCUCACCAGAGGGUCGCCUGUACCAGGUCGAAUAUGCGCUAGAGGCCAUCUCACAUGCCGGUACCGCCAUUGGUAUCCUGGCCAAGGAUGGUAUCGUCCUGGCCGCCGAGCGAAAGGUCACCUCGAAGCUGUUGGAGCAGGACACUUCGGCCGAGAAGCUCUACAUCCUGAACGACAACAUGAUCUGCGCUGUUGCUGGAAUGACCGCCGAUGCCAACAUCCUCAUCAACUACGCUCGACAAGCCGCCCAGCGAUACCUCCUCACUUACAACGAAGAUAUCCCCUGUGAGCAACUCGUCCGCCGACUCUGCGAUCUCAAGCAGGGCUACACUCAGCAUGGUGGUCUGCGACCCUUCGGUGUGUCCUUCAUCUAUGCGGGGUGGGACCCUCGAAGACAGUUCCAGCUUUACCUGAGCAACCCCUCGGGCAACUACGGUGGCUGGAAGGCUACAAGCGCGGGUGCCAACAAUGCUAGCGCACAGAGCUUGUUGAAGCAGGAUUACAAGGAGGAUUGCACCCUGAAGGAGGCUUGCGGUAUGGCCGUCAAGGUCCUGAGCAAGACCAUGGACUCUACUAAGCUCAGCAGCGAGAAGAUCGAGUUUGCAACAGUAGGACAGACCGAGGACGGCAAGAUCUACCACCGGCUGUGGAGCGCCGACGAGAUCACGGCGCUGUUGAAGGAGCACGAUCUGGCAAAGAGCGAGGAAACCGAGGAAAAGUAG